AUGGAGGAUAAAGUUGCUCUCAGGAGACUGCGUUUUGCAGGCCGUCUCGAAAAAUAUUUGACUGCUAGACACUUCUUAGGAUUUUACAGCAAUGUAGCCGUUAGCGCCUUUUAUUCGCAUCCGUCGCCUCUGGACGUUGGGCAUCUUCAAACCCUCGUAUACAAAGCAUUGAAAGAACUCAUCGCAGACCACCCUGCAUUGGGAGUUAGUGUCGCAGACGAAGAUAAAGCCCGGCCAUAUUACAUGCAGCUACCGACUGUCGACUUUUCAGAAACGGUUACAUUUAUACCCUCCAACACAAUUCCCGACCCCUCUGAUCCUAAGGGUGCAGAUGCUCUAGACCUAUUGCUCGAAGAACAGCACAAUCACAAUUUCAAGGACAAGAUGGCUCGAAAACCGCUUUGGAGGUUGUUGAUUGUGCACAAACCGACGGAAAGCUCUCAAUUUGUCGCUUGCUUUGUAUACCAUCAUUCAAUAUCCGAUGGGACAUCCGGACUAGUCUUCCACCGACAUUUCCGCCGUAAACUGUCUCAAAUCUCAAUCGACGAUUUGAAACAGAAGGAAGGUGUGAUAGUAAAAACUUCUUCAAAGGCGCUACUUCCAGCUCUAGAAGAUCUACAUCCUCUACCCCUCUCUAUUCGAUAUCUUCUCAAAGCGUUCUGGGAAAAUUAUAUCGCCAGUACCAAGUCAAAACAGCGCGGCUUAUGGCCAGCAGCACCGGUAACAGGUGACCCGACAAAACGAAGGUGCCGGUUUCGGUCAGUUCGUUUCUCGCAGGAAACAACUUCUCAGCUUGUAGCUGCUUGUCGUGCGAACUCGACUUCUCUCACGGCGGCUGCGCAAACAAUACUUGCUGCUUCAUUAUUCGCUAAUCUUCCCUUGGAUCAGUUUUCAAGACUGCACUGUGACGGGGCCGUGUCGUUUAGAAGAUGGCUCCCAGUCGAUAUGGUUGACAAAGACAGUAUCGGGAAUUGGAUAUCUCAGUAUCAUCAUGAAUACCGAUUCAUUCCAAAGAAUGAAACCUCGCCUAUCGAUGCUAUCGAUAUAUUCUCCUGGGAGGAAGCUAGAAAGGCAAAAGCGACAAUCCAGAAAGAGGUUGAUAAACAGGGCAAGGACAGUGUUGUCGGCUUAUUGAAAUUGGCCGGUAAUUUGCACAAGUACUUCCAAAGUAAAAUUGGCAAGCCGAGAGCGGAGAGUUUCGAGACGUCUAAUAUUGGUACCUUGGGUUGUGACCAGCAAGAAGUCUCAGACGAAAAGAGCAGCUGGACCAUUGGAAGGGUCGUCUUCGGUCAAGGUGCCGAGGUUACUGGAGCUGCACUUGAAGCUUCAUUUGUCACUGGCAACGAUGGAUGUCUUAAUGUGGGCUUUUCAUGGUUCGAAGAGAUUGUUGAGAGGUCUAUAAUCGAAAAGGUGAUUGUCACCUUUAAGAGGACGAUAGAAGAAGUUGUUUCGAAACAUAAUUCUACGGUGGAAAUACCCCAGCAGUCGACGAAGCAUUAAUAUGAGCAAAUUAGCGCAAAAUAGAAUCUAUUAAUACCACCAAUGGCCGAAAUCAAGCUCCUUUUAUGCCGACUUUGGAUCUGGAGUGCUAAGGAAGAGUACAGCAUGCAGUGUUAUUUGCCAACCAAUGCACCGUACAUCCUGACCGACAGUGAUCGAGCUAACAAACAAGUUCCUGAGCUGAUCAGCCCCAUA